UAAACAUUCCCUAAAACCACACCGCAGCUGAAACGUAAAACAUGAAGCUCAUCCUGGUAUCCUGUCUUCUGACCCUGGCGUAUGCUGCAGCAAACCAGACCCCCGUGAUCCUGUGUGGACGGCAGCUGGCUAACGCUAGAGUAUUAUUGUGUUAUGGGAAAGAAUAUGUCAACAAGAGGACAAGGAUUAGCCCAGUUUCAGACUUCAUGGCUGGCGAAAAAAUGAAUGAAAUCGAUUGGCCGUGGAGCGGGCGUCGAGGAUCCUUGAGUGCCAACUGGUCACGAUACAAGAGAGACGGACUGGUCGACGAGUGCUGCCUCAAGCCCUGCACUACCGACGUCAUCCUUAACUACUGCUAAACGAAAAUCAACCUUAAACCAAAGAAAAUCAGAAUGAAGACAAAAAUUUUCUAACGCAAGAAAGUUGUAGGAAAACUUGCGGCAACCCUGAGAAGACUUAAGCAAGAUGGCGUCAUUUCAUUCUGAACGCUAAUGUACGUAUAUUUAUUUAGAUGUAAGCUAGUUACGUAACCAGUCCACAUAAAUAAUUGUAUAUUUUAUACUAUAAACCUA